GGAAAAGAAAGAGCAGGGCUUUUUUAGCGCCAUCUGCUCGCGGCGCCGCCUCCUGCUCCUCCCGCCGCCGCCCUGAGUCACUGCCUGCGCAGCUCGGGCCGCUCGGCUCCCCGCGCUCGCCACCGGAGAGCUGAGCUGGAAAACGAAAUUUGCCAUUUUUGAAAAUACUUGGCAUUUGUACAACAUGGCAGACAUCGACAACAAAGAACAGUCUGAACUUGAUCAAGAUUUGGAUGAUGUUGAAGAAGUAGAAGAAGAAGAAACUGGUGAAGAAACAAAAAUCAAAGCGCGUCAGCUGACUGUUCAGAUGAUGCAAAAUCCUCAGAUUCUUGCAGCCCUUCAAGAAAGACUUGAUGGUCUGGUAGAAACACCAACAGGAUACAUUGAAAGCUUGCCUAGGGUAGUUAAAAGACGAGUGAACGCUCUCAAAAACCUUCAAGUCAAAUGUGCACAGAUACAAGCCAAAUUCUAUGAGGAAGUUCAUGAUCUUGAAAGGAAGUACGCUGUUCUUUAUCAGCCUCUGUUUGAUAAGCGAUUUGAGAUCAUUAAUGCCAUUUAUGAACCUACAGAAGAAGAAUGUGAAUGGAAACCAGAUGAGGAAGAUGAAAUUUCGGAGGAGCUAAAAGAAAAGGCCAAGAUUGAAGAUGAGAAAAAGGAUGAAGAAAAAGAAGAUCCCAAGGGAAUUCCUGAGUUUUGGCUGACCGUUUUUAAGAAUGUUGACUUGCUCAGUGAUAUGGUUCAGGAACAUGAUGAGCCUAUUCUGAAGCACUUGAAAGAUAUUAAAGUGAAGUUCUCAGAUGCUGGUCAACCUAUGAGUUUUGUCUUAGAAUUUCACUUUGAACCCAAUGAAUAUUUCACAAAUGAAGUGUUGACAAAGACAUAUAGGAUGAGAUCAGAACCAGAUGAUUCUGAUCCCUUUUCUUUUGAUGGACCAGAAAUUAUGGGUUGUAUAGGGUGCCAGAUAGAUUGGAAAAAAGGGAAGAAUGUCACUUUGAAAACGAUUAAGAAGAAGCAGAAACACAAGGGACGUGGGACAGUUCGUACUGUGACCAAAACAGUUUCUAAUGACUCUUUCUUUAAUUUUUUUGCCCCUCCUGAAGUUCCUGAGAGUGGAGAUCUGGAUGAUGAUUCUGAAGCUAUCCUCGCUGCAGACUUUGAAAUUGGUCACUUUUUACGUGAGCGUAUAAUCCCAAGAUCAGUGUUAUACUUUACUGGAGAAGCUAUUGAAGAUGAUGAUGAUGAUUAUGAUGAAGAAGGUGAAGAAGCGGAUGAGGAAGGGGAAGAAGAAGGAGAUGAGGAAAAUGAUCCAGACUAUGACCCAAAGAAGGAUCAAAACCCAGCAGAGUGCAAGCAGCAGUGAAGCAGGAUGUGUGAGGCCCUGAGGAUAACCCGCACUGAUCUGCCUUCUGCUUCCAUGGAAAGGAUGAAUUUACACCAUUUGACAAGCCUAUUUCAAGUUUUUUGUUUGUUUGUUUGCUCAUUUUUGUUUUUGCAUCCUAAAAUAAAAAUGUCAUAUAAUUUUA